AUGAAAAUUACCAUCCUCGCCUUUGGCUUCGCUGGCUUCGCAGCCGCAAACAUAAUCUUUAACCACGCUCCUUUGCACUGCAGCAAUGAUAGUACCCAAAUAUAUCAUGGAUGUCUUCGUGGCCAAGUGUGCACAGACCAUGAACAAUGCGUUCCAGAAUCAUUGAUCAACUACCCCGGACCUUUCCCACAAAAAGUUCCAAGUAUCCAGCUACGAGAUGGGCCUAGCACCGCCCCUCGCUCAGAUGGAAGAUGUGGCAGUAACUUUGGAGGUGCGAGUUGCGACCCAGCAGGUCCUUAUGGCGGCUGCUGCUCACAGUAUGGGUAUUGUGGUUCUACGCCAAAUCACUGUUCUCUUUCAAAUGGAUGUCAAAAUGGCUGCUCAAAAGUCGGUAAUUCUGGUGCCCCACCAUCCUCUACAACUUCAGGUGAGCCGGUCAUCGGGCCCGUGACGACUACUAUGGCACCUGGAGCUACUGCCACAGCGAAGGUGACAACCGAUGGUACAUGCGGUUCCUCAAACGGGAACACAGUUUGCGGAGACUGGCCUAAUGGAAACUGCUGCUCUAUGUACGGAUUCUGUGGGAAUACGAGUGCCCAUUGCGGCGCUGGGUGCCAGUCAGGCAACUGUGUAGGCGCUCCAGAAGUACCUGUUCUAGGACCCCGCGCUGCGCCUGCUGCCCCAAAUGGUGGAUCUUUUGCUAUUGUUGGGCAAUCCGGUGUUCCAGCCAUGCACGCAGCUCUCAUGCCCAAUGGACGUGUAGUAUUUCUGGACAAGCUAGAGAAUUAUACACAGCUUCGGACUCCCAAUGGCUUCUAUGCAAUGUCGUCUGAAUAUGACCCAGAGACCAACGCUGUUGUCCCCCUUAGCUACGUGACAAAUGCCUUCUGCUCAGGCGGCACGUUUCUUGCUGAUGGGCGGGUCAUAUCCGUUGGUGGUAAUGGUCCAUUGACUUGGCUCGACCCGAAUAUUGGGGAUGGAUUCGAUGCAAUUCGAUACCUGCAAAGGUCUCCAUCGGAUGCCGGCCUCAAUGGCCAAGGUUGGGGCGAACCCGGCAACAAACUUGCCAGUGCUCGCUGGUAUGCGACUGCCCAGACCAUGCCUGAUGGCAGCGUCUUCGUCGCAUCUGGAAGCUUCAAUGGCCUUGAUCCAACGGUAGCUGCUAACAACAACCCGACAUAUGAGGUUCUCAAUGCAAAUGGCAUCACCAAGGGCCAAAAUAUUCCUAUGGAUAUCCUGGCUAAGAACCAACCUGUUUACAUGUACCCAUUCGUCCAUCUCCUAAAAGAUGGCACGCUCUUUGUAUUUGUUUCAAAGGCUUCACAGAUCUUCAACGUCCAGUCAAAUACUAUUGUCAAGGAGCUUCCAGAUCUACCAGGCGAUUUCAGAACCUAUCCCAACACUGGUGGGAGCGUCUUACUGCCGCUAUCCAGCAAAAACAACUGGGACCCCGAUGUUGUGAUCUGUGGAGGGGGUGCGUAUCAGGACAUCACCUCCCCUACCGAUCCAACCUGCGGUCGAAUCCAACCGUUGAGCCCCAAUCCGAAAUGGGAGAUGGACUCUAUGCCAGAAGGACGCGGUAUGGUGGAAGGGACACUGCUCCCAGAUGGAACGGUGGUCUGGCUCAACGGAGGGAAUCAUGGUGCCCAAGGUUUUGGGCUGAUGAAGGAUCCAACCCUUGAGGCGCUUUUAUAUGAUCCUGCUAAGCCACUUGGCCAAAGAUUCAGCACCCUUGCCAGUUCCACCGUCCCCAGACUCUACCACUCGGUAGCACUUUUGCUACUUGACGGCACUCUCAUGGUCACAGGAUCAAACCCAGUGGAAAUGCCAAUGCUCAAACCAGAUGCUAAGAACCCUUACGUCACUGACUUCCGGGUUGAGAUAUACACGCCUCCAUAUCUCCAAGGGGAUAAUGCGAAGAGGCGACCAACAAAUAUCGCGAUCUCAAAGCUCGAUAUCAAGGCGGACGGCGGGAAAUUCAGCGUCUCGUUCACAACUCCGGCCGAUACUAAGUCCGUCAAGGUGGUGUUAUAUCACGGUGGCUUCGUUACCCAUUCUGUGCAUAUGGGUCAUCGAAUGCUGGAGUUGGAUGUAGCUGAUUGGGCACCAGGAGCAGCUCAGCAGAAGGUGUCUGUAUCUAGUCCGCCAAACAAUAACGCCGCUCCUCCAGGUCCAUAUGUUGUUUAUGUCGUUGUAGAUGGUGUGCCGGGCGUUGGUCAAUUUGUUCAGGUUUCUUAA